ACCGCAGACGACCCGUACGCAAAACUCGGUCGUAGUUAGCCGCGUCGGAGGAUCCCGUCGGUCGAAAGGGCCAGAAAACCACGCGACGCGUCCGCGCCCGUCGACGUUUACGUCGUGCAACUCGUCGUGAUCGGGGAAAACGGACCUGGACUACGAGGCACCGGGGCGCACGCCGUGUAGGAGACGCGCACGUCGCGAGAAACGAUCCGAGCACGUACACUCGCGGUGCACGGACCGUAACAUAUAGAGAGAGAGUUAUCAUCGCGGGGAGGAUAAUGUGACCAGUGACCGACACCGGAAUCCCGAACGGGUGGUGUGUCCGAUAAAACGUGCGCGACAGAGGGGCCAAAAGGGACACCCCGGGUGAGAGAGGUGCCUGCUAUGCACGAGGUCUGGUAGCACGGGUGCCAAAAAGGAGGGUGAACAACGUGAUGACGGAGGACCGGAAGUGAGAAGGUGCACCGUGCUGGUGCGCUAUAGCUGUUCUCUGAGAUGUCAGUGGACCCGUCGAAGGGAACCGCGUCGUCGUAUCCGUCGUCGUCGUCCUCUACGUCAUCGUUUCCUUCAUCAUGAGGAGAUCCUCUUACGUGAACUACUACGUCUUGUGCCUCGUGUGCUGGAUUCUCCUAGGCAUCACCGGGGUGAGCACAAGGUCUCAUUCGUUGGUGAAGAGGUUCGACGGGAUUUACACAGGGCCGUACUUCGACGCAAACACCCCCACGAACAUCACGGCCCAGUUGGGAAGGCAUGCUUACUUGCCCUGCAAAGUGCGGCAGCUUGGUAAUAAAUCGGUGUCGUGGAUCAGAAGGAGGGACUCGCAUAUCCUCGCCGUAGAUAAAACCAUGUUUGUCCCGGACGAGAGGUUCCAGGCGCUGUUCGUGGACGCUGUGGACAGCUGGACGUUGCAGGUGAAGUACGUCCAGCAACGCGACGAGGGCGAGUACGAGUGCCAAAUCUCGACCGAUCCGAAGAAGAGUCACAUCAUCAAGCUCAACAUCGUCGUGCCAAAGAUCGAGAUCAUAGGCGAUCGCGACAUGUACGUGAAGACCGGAAGUACAGUCGCCAUACGGUGCAUGAUAAAACAGUCGCUCGAGGGUCCGUUUUACGUCUUUUGGUACCACGAGGGCAAUCGCAUUCUGGACAAACAGUUGGGCAAGAUCGACAUCCAGACGGAGAGGAUCAAUAACGACACGAUCAGCAGUUUAGAGAUCCACAACGCGAAGACGGAGGACUCGGGUAAUUACACUUGCAGCCCGAGCAGUUUGGACAGCGCGAGCGUGCAGCUUCACGUGUUGAAUGGUGAACAUCCAGCCGCGAUUCAGAGAGGGAUCAGCUCUGCACCGGGUGGUUAUCCAACGCUGUGGUGGCUGGCAGGCAUCGUGACGCUGUAUUCGAGUCACGGCAGCCGCCUGUUCGUCCUCGUCCUAAUGAUUCUCAUGGUCCUUUACUCGAAGACCCCAUCUUAUUUCGCACCAGAACGAUAAUCAGGAACGAGAGAAGGAUGGUGCCGCAAGAUGAUCGAUUAUCUCCUGCUACGAGACCCGGAACACGCCUCGAGGAACGCUCCAGCGACGAGAAACGGGACGAAGAGCACGCGAGACAAGCUCCUUCGGGAAAUGGCUUCGCCAACGAAGACCACUGGAUUAUUCGAAGAAACGCAGGAAGAAUAUGCGACGAAGAACGUGGGAUCGACAAAAGUGGGGUCGAUUGGUUCCUUUUGGCCAGCAAUUAGCGUCUUGCUUCAACGAGGAAUGCGACAGAGAGUUGAAACGUCGGUCGAUCGGAUGGACAGACGUUGAAAAUGUUAUCCCCGACGCUCUGCGUUUCGAAACACCAGAAACGCUCCAGAAACCAACGACGAUCGUUAACGUUCCGAUGAUAACCGAUUUUUCUCUGUGUACGAACGGCAGAUCCACGGACGGGGAAAAGAGAAACGCGUUCCGCGCGUCGAGACAAUGUGAUCCGGCCGUUAGCAAUUAGGGGUUAAUUACUCGCGGGGCUUCUCGUUAAAUCGACGCGAGUUCUUCGCGCGGUCGAUGGCUGCGACAGAAAAUAAACGCUCGCGCAACAGCGACGAACGACACGAGGCUCGCGAAUACAAUUUUUCCCCCCCUUCAUUCUCCUAGAAGAGAAAAAAGCGACACGAAUUUUUUAUAGGAACUAUAAAUAUAAAACUACGAUCUUCCACAACAACUCGAGCGUACUUACGAUAGCGUCUUUUGUAUUCCCAUCGUUUUGAAUCGAUCGUUUUAAUAAUCUCUAUACGUCACGCGAAAUCAUUGUAUAUAUUCGUCUAACGAUAGCAUCGUGAAAGGAACGCGUACGAAACGGUCCCCGGAUGGAAGGCGACCGGAAACGCGAGUUCGAGACCGAGUCCCACCGCCCUCUUCUUGUUCAUUAUUCAUCAUUGUCAAAAGUGUGUGUCGCGAUCUUCGUGUCUUUCUCGCCAAGGGAAGCCAAACAGCAACAAGGUCUUCGUGAUCGAUCGCAAGACUCUGUCGAGGAGAUUGGGAGGGUUUCGUAGUUUCUUUCGCAUCGAGAUUAACUCGACAACGCGCGAGUGUGAUUCCAGAAGGAGGAAAGGAGCGGGCCGAGCGAUAGGGGAUGGAACAUUGGGCGGGGGUGGCGGUGAUGUAACGAAACGGUACGCGAGGGGAUCGCUAAACGCCGACAGAACUUCGUCCGCGCCGCUCGAUAGAAUUGAAACUUGUUCGAUGAAUUUUUUCGAAGCGAUGUGAUUAAUUAUAUUCGAAUAGGAAACGAUUAGCGAAAACGUGUCUAUACUCGACUGUCCACCGACAGAAAUCCGGGAUCGUUUCGAGCCAGACGAUCCGUCGAAACGGUUCGACGCAUGUUGUACGUGUACGCACUAUAACUUUCUUUCGCUUUUUCCGCGUCCUCUACGCGAACACUUUCUUCGAUGUUUCCUUAUUUUUCUAUGAGACUUUCAGUAGACUCGGUAUUUAGAAGUUUCGAUGCUUGUAUUUUCCGUAAAUGAUACUGCAUGUGUUCGAACGACGUUGGGACUAAAAUAUUUAGCAAUUCCAGCCAACAGUAUCCUAAACAACGUGUUGCCAUUUUGUUGGAAAGUUUAAACAAUUGAAACACGACGCGUACGAUCGAGAUGAAAGCGUGAUAAUUAUUUUCAGAAUAUAGAUGUUAUUUUUGUUUUCUGCUUAGAAGAAUGUAUAUACAAUUGAGAAUUUGUACGAUGAAAAUAUCUCGUAGACGCACGUGUUUUAUUUAUUGAAAAUCGUUUCCUUCCUGUCCUCGGAGAAUCCAACGAAUUUAAAGAUCAGUCUUUGUUCAGCCUUGGUUAAAGAAACGGAAACAAGUCUAAUGGCAAAUCAAUGGUGACUCUACCCGUACCUUUAUCGUACGUUUAUUUCCGGAGGAAACGACGUUAAGGUCGCUUCUCGUUCGUCGGAGAACCAUUCAUAUCAACGAUGUCGACCCUCCAUAUCAGAGUUUCUUGCAGUUCCUGAAUAUUCUGGUGCCAGAUCAAACCGGAAAUCACGAUGAGUCGUGAUCCGCAGAUCGGCCACUUCUUCGAAACGUCAUUUACUCUACGAAUCACUGCCUGUAUUGCUGACACUGCCUUAUAUUGUUGUAUUGCCGAUGAAAUUCUGUCAAUGAAGUUUUAUUGAAACGUACCGAAUGCCUCGGGACGAUCCACGGUGACAGAUGUUUUGGUAUUCCAAGCGUAUUGAGUAUAGACACGAGCCAACAAAAAGUAUUAUAUGCCCGUGCAUGCGUGUCAAAAAUUCGGAACGGAAUGGGUCCCGUAAGAAGUGAUUUGCUAAUUCACAGACGAAAGUAGUCUUAGACGUUCGCUGUUCCAUUAGCGAUAGAAACAAGGAUGUUCGAUUCUGAAUCGAUUUUUUUUAAAAGCAAAUAUUUUCGUUGGGCUUUCAGUACGUAGAAUUAUUAUUUUAACUGGUAUUAAAUUCCUGAUUAAUGGUUUAAAUAUAAACACGAUGAUCUUAUUCAAAGAUUUCAAAGUAUAUACGAAGCUCAGUUCUAAUCGCUUCGAUUAAAAAUCCACUCGAGAAUCGAAAUUCCUGGCCAGAGGUACGAUUUACGACAGAAAUUUAGACGCGACCAAUGUAUUUGAACACUCGACACGAUAUCGACAAUACAAUUCUGUUAUCAUGCCAGCCAAAAUUCUCCCUCGUACUUUUUGUAGUUUCUCGCCUACUCGGCGUAUCGUUUUUCUCGAAUUUUAUCGAUCGAUACGUAACGAUGGCUCGAGGAUCGCGAUUACGAUCCAUCUUACCGGCUCAGACCCGACCGUUUUAUCAUUCUGCAUGUUCGGCUGUAUAAACAUACGGACGGACAGCUUUUCGGGCCGCCCGAGGCGACCCGUAAAUUUGCUUUUUUCUCGCAAGAGCUAGAAGAUACUGUUUUUUAUAAUACUAUAUAUAUAUAUAUAUACAAACGAGACAGAAAAAAAAUAUAUAUAUAUGUAUAUGUGUGUGUACGUGCGCGAAUACGUUGCACAACGGUGUUGAAAUAUUGAACAAGUUUCAGCUCGACGUAACAUGGCGGCGCCAACAGAUAAUACAGGAGUCGCUGGGGUGCAGUGCGGGGGGUUAAAUUAGAAAAACGUUCUGCGGUGGCGUACGCACGGACGUAAUCGUGACGGGGAGACUGUGAAUAACUGCGAAGAAAGUGAAAGAAAUUAGAGGGAGACGAAAAGGUGUGCUGAGAGAAAGAAAUGAAAAAUGGAAGUUAGUCGAACGAGACGAACGAUACGUUAGAAUAUCUACGAUUCAUGUGAUUGUAAAUACAUAGUAUAUAAAUAACGUAACGUUAAUUAACGAUAUGCCGUACGUGUUACACUAAAGAAACAAAAAAAAAAAAAUAAAUAAAUAAAUAAUGUUACUGUGUAAUUUUUCGGAUCGUAAACGCAUUCGAAUGGGUCUGGCCGCCCGUGCUAACCGGCUCGAGGCCCGUCAUUCGAGCCAACAGCCGGCUAUGAAUUAAUCAAAGUUGCGAACAAGGGCUCUUUCGAUCUUUCGAUGCUCGUCGAUACAUUAUUAAACGAACUUUGCACCGCGUUCUUUCAUUCUCUCGUUUACGAAAAUUCCAUCGACUUUAAACGCUCCUCCCAUUCGCUAUACACACACAUGGAUGUUUUGAAUAUAAAAAAAAUGAAAGGAUACAAAAUUAAGGAAGCUGAUACGCGACUAGAAGACACGCAUUAUAUUAUUUGGUUAAUAAUAGGAUAAGUAUUGAGGCACACGAUUUAUUUUUCUGUACUUUUCACCUAUUCAGACCGGUAGUCGUACAUUUACAUUGAGCGUGAAUAUACCGACGCCCGUCUCUGAGUGGUUUAACAGCUUCUCUGUCUCUGCGCGUUCGCAACAUGGCGGCCAGUGGCACCCCUCUCGACGUUGCUUUGUCGUGGAACUUCCAGGAGUUCGUCGCGGGAGGGAACGAAAGAAUGAAAAAUAGACGGAGAGAAACUAAUAUACAGAGAAAGGAGAGCGAAGAAGACAAAGAGCAAACGAGAGGGCACCGACGCGAAUGCUUUUUUCUCUGACACGUCGGUGCACAGGGGCAACAAAAAGGAGCGCAGCUGUUUGUAGCGCGUUCCUGGAUAGCACGGGCCGGCCACACGCGACUAAAUAGAUGUAACACUAAUUAACGCCUAGCGUAAGAACUAACGGAUAUAAAUGAAGGAUAUAUUGUCUGACAUAAUAACCAGGUGUGAACGUAAACGCGUAUACGUGAUGUCCGCGGUGAGCAGUGUCUGUGUGUGGUGCAUGCGAAACGGUUGGAAGCGAUGGUUGAGUGUACGUGCGAACAAGAGCGAACGAGAGAGUAAAUAGUUAAGAAAGGAAACGCAUACACGGGCAAGAAGGGCAAACAAUAAAAGGGGUUGUUCGUUGGACUGACGCGCCAAGGCGUUGGUCGAAUGACGCACUUUAAAAUAAAAAAGGGGCGACCGGGAACAUUCUUUCAUGUACCGUUUCUUCCCUUUCUUCUUCCCACGCCUCGCAAAGCCACUCGCGGCGAGUGAUAAACAGAAAGAGCCAAAGAUAGGGACUCGCCACGAGACCACAAUUAAAGCUUGCGCCCCCUUUUUCGCACCCUUUCUUCGCGCACCGUGGUGCAAUCCUCCGCGAGACGGAAGAAGAAAGUUGCAAU